UCAGAUCUUAUUUUCACAUAUCUUCUUUCGGAAUCAGGAAAAGAUCAGCAUGUUGUCGUCCAAAUAUGCACGAUAAAAAUACUGUUUGGGGGAAAAAAAUCAUCCCCUACAGACCCAUAAAGCAGCUGAGAGGCAAAGCAGGAAGAUACAUACACCACUUGCUCUCAUCUGUGGAGGGAAAAGGAGACCUGGCUCUGGCUGGGGUUUCACAAGCCUUUCGCUUCAGCACCGGCGGGGAUGGACAGCGCCUCUGGACACAGCUGUAGCCACCCAGGCAGAACUACAUUGCCUCUUCUCUUGCUGUGGUUGCUGCUGUUGCUGCUACAGAUGCCUGGGCUCUUCAGUCCUUGCUGCUAAAAGGCGGUGCUCCAGGAUACCACCCCCAUCCCGCUCCCACUUUUUUUUUUUUGACGGACUAAAAAGUAACCCUCCACAUACUCCUGGUGCAAGUACCUACAGGGCGGUGGAGUUAGCUUGCUUUUGAGUUUUAGCUUUCAGAAGCAACUUCAAGACAAACCUUUUGCAUAAGGACAGCAGGGGAAGAUAGAAGAAGAGAGGAAGUUCCUGGAAGCUUUGAGAAACUAUGGGCUAUGUGGUAGGGGUCUGGCUACCCGAAGUUCCAAAAUACUCAAAAUAAACAAGAUGUUCGUGGGUGGAUUGCAAAUGUUUUGGAAAUAGCUUUUCGAAACAAAGGGUCGAUAGAACCACAGGAUAUAUUAGAGAAACCGAAAAUACAUCUAAUUCCAGCACAUUGGCAAAUUUGGACAUCUACAGUAAAUGAAGCCAAGAAAAUCCCUUUGAAUACUGAACAAUGGAUACAUGUGCAACAGCAUGUUGUGGUGGAAAAAGAAUCAGAGGCUUUGGAAUCAAUGACUGUGGUCAGAUCUCAGGUCUGAAACUUCCUGUGGGAUCUUGGGCAAGUCAAUUACCAUCUUCAGGAGUUGGAGUCAGAACACCUGUCAUCUUCUCUUGGCUCUUCCACUAACUGGCACAUGCUCCUGGACGAUAUCCUUUACUGUGCCAUAGCACAUGGAUUUCAGGACUAGCUGUGAAGAGACAAAGACAGGAAUUUGUUUGCUGCAGGAUGGUAAUCAGGAGCCUUUCAAAGUGCGACUGCACCUAGCCAAAGAUAUUUUGAUGAUCCAGGAGCAGGAUGUGAUAUGUGUGUCUGGCGAGCCUUUCUAUUCUGGUGAAAGAACGGUGACCAUUAGAAGACAAACUGUAGGAGGAUUUGGAUUAAGCAUAAAGGGAGGAGCAGAACAUAACAUUCCAGUUGUAAUUUCAAAAAUUUCCAAAGAACAAAGAGCGGAACUUUCAGGACUGCUCUUUAUAGGCGAUGCCAUUCUUCAGAUUAAUGGAAUUAAUGUGAGAAAAUGCAGACAUGAAGAAGUGGUUCAGGUUCUUCGGAAUGCAGGUGAAGAAGUGACCUUAACUGUGUCUUUCCUAAAAAGAGCACCUGCUUUCCUCAAACUGCUGCUGAAUGAAGAUUGUGCAUGUGCUCCAAGUGACCAGAGCAGUGGCACAUCUUCUCCCCUUUGUGACAGUGGUUUGCAUCUCAACUACCAUCCUACCAAUACGGAUACAUUGUCAUGUUCUUCAUGGCCAACCUCCCCAGGCCUGAGAUGGGAAAAGAGAUGGUGUGACCUUCGAUUAAUCCCCUUACUUCAUUCACGUUUCUCCCAGUACCUCCCUGGAUCAGAUUUGUGUCGGCAGAAUGCAUUUCAAGUAAUUGCUGUGGAUGGGGUUUGCAGUGGAAUAAUUCAGUGUCUCUCUGCUGAAGACUGCAUUGAUUGGCUACAAGCAAUAGCAACAAAUAUUUCAAACCUCACAAAGCACAAUAUUAAAAAAAUCAACAGGAACUUCCCUGUAAACCAGCAGAUAGUCUACAUGGGCUGGACUGAAGAACGAGAACAAGAUUCCCUUCAAGAUCGGAAAUACACACCAAAGUUUUUAGCACUAAGAGGCUCUUCUCUUUAUAAAUUUAUGGCACCUCCAGUAACCACUUGGGACUGGACACGAGCAGAAAAAACAUUCUCAGUUUAUGAGAUUAUGUUUAAAAUCUUCAAGGACAGUGAUCUACUGGACCGUCGGAAACACUGCUUUGGCGUCCAAUCAGAAACUGGAGAGGACCUCUACUUUUCAGUGGAGUUAGAGUGUGACCUAGCCCAAUGGGAGAAAGCCUUCCAAACAGCAACUUUUUUAGAAGUUGAAAGGAUACAGUGCAAGACCUAUGCCUGUGUACUGGAAAGUCAUCUAAUGGGACUAACUAUUGACUUCAGUAUGGGAUUUGUCUGCUUUGAUGCUGCAACAAAGGCUGUACUUUGGAGGUACAAGUUUUCUCAGCUUAAAGGUUCUUCAGAUGACGGCAAAAGCAAAAUCAAAUUUUUGUUUCAGAAUCCAGAUACUAAGCAGAUUGAAGCAAAGGAGUUGGAGUUUUCCAAUCUGUUUGCUGUUCUCCAUUGUAUUCAUUCCUUCUUUGCUGCCAAAGUGGCUUGUUUGGACCCUCUAUAUUUAGGCAAUCAGGCCUCAGCCUCUGCUUCUACUUCUGCUUCCUCUGCUGCUACUGGCAAAGUGAAAUAUACAACCUGACACCCCACACUUCAUACUGCCGCAAAUACAUAAACUGUACAAAUGUUCAUCACUGCUAGACCCUGGAAAAACCACAAAUUCACCAAUUCAACAGACAGUCCAUAUUGCAGUUUUGGCAGAAAGAAACGUCACAAUGGAUCAUGAAUUCCUCAAUUCUACAAGACAUCUGUAAAUAACCUUAGCUGAAAGCAAGCAUAGGAUGGAUAUGCUUUUACUAUGAUCUAUUUGUAUCAACCUACUGCUUUAAGCAAAAGUAGAGACAAAAAAUGAAUGAUAUGAAGGAACACUUAAAUAUCCAAUAAAAUUUUCAACUGCCCAUAAAAAACUACAAAUGGAAUGUUCAUUUUCUUUUUUCCAGGUUAUUUUCUAUGACAAUGUGCUGGGCCCUGAGCCUGAACUAAUACCCCGUCUGUGUAUUAUAAGUGACAUAAAGCAAGCAAGAGACAGACCCCUGUGGCCACAAAGAGACUAGCAUGAAAGACAUUUGUCUAAGUAUCCUCUCAAAGAAGAAAGCACUUUAAUUCUUAUUAUAAAAUUUAACCUGUACCCACUCGCCAUAGUGUGUGUAACACUGUCAUUCUGUUCUCAUUGUUUUAUCUUUAGUCAUCUGUAAUCCACCUGUAAAGAGGUAACUAUGCUAAUUCAUCAUGGACAAAAUGUGAACUGGCCCCCUCUCAUCUCGGAUCACUGCUGUAAUAAAUUUCUAGACAUAGGCCUUAAUGCCAAUUUAAAAUGAAAACCACAUGUUAUUUUAAUUAUGACUGAUGCAAAUGAGUUUGUUAGCUCCUUUAUUUCUAUCUUCAUUGUGAGGAAAUUUAUUUUUAAUCUAUUGUGCUUUAUUGACCUAUCUGAAAUAGCCUAGUGUCUAUAAUCUAAGGCUAGAACACAUGAGAGAAUAGGUAAGGGAAAAUCUCUGUUACUCAGUCUCAAUUAAUCAAUCAAUCAGGUACUCAUAUUCCCCUAGAAAACAGUCUUAUAGCCAAGGAUUUGUUAGUUCAAUGGCACAGCUAGUUUAUAAUGCCAGUAUUAGAGGAAAAGGAAAUAAGUAAGCUAUGAAGAUAGAACAAGAUCAUCUUACUAACAUUUAACUCUCUGAAGAUUGCAUCUUGAUCAUCAUACAAGAAUGUAUUGUAUAUUCUUGAUGUUUUGACUCAUGGUGAAUGUAAAAUGGAGAAGCUGUAAAUUUGGAACUGUCAGUGAUUCAUCCACUGGUCAGACUCCGAAGAUCCACUACUUGACCUGGACCAUGUUCUUGGUCCUAAGAUAUGGCUUUAAUGGGAGCUUCAUAUGAAUAUUCAAGCCCCACCCCCAUUUUUUCAAAUUAGUUUUACAGUAACACGCAUUUGUGAAUAUGACCAAAUAUUUGGUGUUUACUUUGUGUGUGUGACUUAAUAUUAAAAAAAAAAAGAUGGAAACCCUUUUCUUUAAAGAAUAGCUCCCUUAAAGGAUAACUUAUUUAUAAAGAGAGCACAUGAAUGUUAUAUUCAUAUUAUAUUAUUUCAAAAAAUAUGAAUAUGAGUAACCAGUCAUUGUUUUAUUUUAUUCCUGAAUGGUUCUCAAAUGUGCUGAAUGGAAAAUAUUUCUAAGGACCAAUCAAGAAGAACCAGAAAAGAAAGUGGGAUUUUACAGUUUUAAAGAAUGUCCUUUUAACUAAUUUAUUAUAAGAUGCCAUUAAAUCUAAGUCAGUUGUUGCUUACUAGGUAAGGGUGACCUUUGUUUUCAGUUUUUUAAUAUUAUUUUAAAACCACUCUGCCUUAGCUCUUUGAAAGUUUGGGUCUAUUAAGAGUAUUCCUAGUGUUUUUGGAAUGUAUCUUAUAAUUGACAUGUGGUCAAAAUGUUUUGAGUAUUGAAGGAUUUGUGUUAUGAUAAUACUUGCCAAAUAUGUGGUUAUUGUUUCUCAUACAUAUAUAAGGUGUGCAAACUUAACCUUCCUGAAAUAUUUGUGAGAAAGUAUACUUUCCAAAGGUUCUAAAUGUAAAACAGUGAUAAUUUAAUGAAAUUUUAGUUGAAAAACAUAUUUUGAAUUAUUGAAAACUAAGCUUUAUUAAUAAUCCAAUUUUAAUUUUUUAUAUUUUCUUCUGUAAUUCUAUUUCAAUUAGUAUUAAUUCUGGUUGGUCAGGAUAUUUAAAUUAUAUAGCAUAUGUUCAUGGUAUGAGACAGUAUCUGCAAAGUGCAACCAUUUGGAAACUAAACUGCUUAGUUUAAUGUUAUCAGGUAACUGAGUAAUGGUUUGCUGGUGUGAUCUUGAAAAAUACUUGGUUACAGAAAUAUUUUUUACAUUUUAUUUUUCUAUGUUUGGGAGAUCAGAUAAAUUCACCAUUCACAAAGCCAUUGCAAUGUAGAUGGUCAGCCUGGGAAAUUUUGUAGACUUGGCCUCAGAAAGAAGUGAUUAUUUCAGUUUUAAAAGCUGAUAUAUACAUAUGGUCUUAUAUUUAUUAAUAUACCUUUUCAUUUUCAAACUCAGAAUGGUAUCUUGUAGAGUAGGUAUAUUGGUAAUAUUUGAUAAAAUUAAAGAAGUUUUGAAUGUCAAAAUUAAUUUUAAAAGUUUCUUCAAAUUAUCUAAAACUCUGGUAUAGAAAAUUAUUUCUCUUCCUCCCAAGAUAAUAAGUAAUCAAAAUUAAAAAUUCAGCAGAAUGAAAAAAAUACUUUAUAAGGCAUUAUUCAUCCCAUACUAUAGUGGAUUUCAAAAGAAUAAUUGAGCAAGUAUAAAAUUGUUAUAAGGACUACAUUUAAAAAAGUUUUUUUUCAGGGGUCAGGGUGGUGCAGGAGUAAACUUAUGCUUUUAAAAAAAUAUAUAGUGGGAUCCAACUUGAAAAGGAAAGCCAAAUUAAAUAUUUUUUUAUUCAUGUAAAUAAGGUCAGAGUCUCAAUUUGUAUAAUUCUAUAGAAAAUUUCCUCUAAAUCUAGAAAUUCCAAGAUGUGGAAGGUUUAUGAAAUCCCAGAUAAUGAAUGAAGCAGAGGAGUACUGGAAUCCCUACAGGAUCUCAAGAACCAAUUGUUAAAAUUUUCAGUGUGAGCAUUUGCAAAAUAAUAAUAAUAACAACACCAAAUUUGCUUAAUUUACUUAAUUUGCUUAAUUUCCUGUUUCGUUCAUUAAGAAAGGAAUGGAGAUUAUGUUAAUAAUUCAGAUUAAAACUAAGUGUGUCCCAUGUGCAAUUUUUUUUUUUUUGGAGAGCCAGUUAUUAAACAUUUACCAACAAACCAAUGUAAUGAGGUUCAUUCAAAUAGAGGCUCUAGGAUUUCAGUGUGUAACAAGUAGAGAAGGGACAAUCAUAUGUUUCUACUGGUCAGAAGAGUUUGUUCUGAUUCUCUGUGGAUGGGCAUACUGGAUCACAGUGAUUGGCAUACUUUACCAGAAGCUCUUCUACCCCUGUGCAUUUGACAGAACUGGCAGCUCCAUGUUCCUGAUGUUUUAAUUUAUAUAUAGUCAAUUUUAGACUAAUAUAAUCAUACUGAAGUUUACAAAAAAUGUAGUCUACAUAGGCCAAAUUAUGGACAACUGUGCAGUAUGUCUUUGGGGUAGAGCAGAAAUCCAUCAUUGAAUUGCAGACAGUAUCUAUCACCACUGUCUGGAACCAACUGUUGAAUUUUGUAAACAUGUCUACCAUUAUAUAGCAUGAGAGCUGGCCUAUGGGGAAUAAGGGAUCACUCUUACAGGGAGGAGAAAUUCCAUGUUUGUAAUGCUCAAUAUAAUUUCAAUAGAAAACACUAAUAUAUAUAUAAACUAAUUUGGAACAUCAACAUUAACCUUUUUAAAAUUGUGACUAAAAAGGAAAAAAAAUGGACAAUUCCUUUUGAAACCUGUUUGAAGAUAGAUUGUUGACUUUUUUCUAGUCUGUUACCCAAAUGUCAAAUAUAUAAAGAAAUGUAUUUGUAUCCCCUAAUAUACAAACUGGUGGUUAAAACAACAACAAAAUACCCCCCAUAAAUUCUGAUCUCUUAAUAUACAUGUAUAUCAUAAACAUAUAUACUUUUCAAAUUUAGAAUAUAAACUAUAGUUUGAGGUAAAAUUCAUGGUACGAUUCAUAUUCUUAUUAUUACUGAUGUUUUAAUAAGGAUGAUAAGGCACAAUUAGUAUUUUACAUGUUCACCUUCACACAUAUUAGAAAAAUUGUAUUUUAAUUCCAUUCAAUAGCAAUUAAUAGUUUUGUUUCAUUUUUGCUAUAUAAUUAAUAAGUACUAUUAUUUAUUAUUGUUUGAAUUAUAUGGAUGAGAAUUCUUAGAAAUGGUGAAGUAGUGAUCAGGUAAACUAUAUUCCCAUAUAAUUUAGGUUUAGCUGCAUGAAAUUUAUUUAUUACAAUCCCUAGAGACAUCUACAGUUGUAUAUAAUACAACACUUGAAUAGUAGAACCUUCAGGCACCUAAUCAUGCAUUACAAAUGUUAACCCCUUCAGUGCCUUGGAGUUUUUUGCAUUAUAAAAUAAGUCCUCCUCCCUGUACAAUACUGUACAUACUGCAGAGUAAAAAGGGACAUUUCAAAACAUUAUCUAGCAUAGAAGGGGUUAAAGUAUCACUUCAUAAUUUUACUAAUAUCUAUACAGUCAUAUGGUUUGCUCUCUGGGAUGACAAUUCCAUUUUAUUUUUACAUCUAGCCCUUAGCUGAAGGAUUUAGAUUUAGAUUAUCUAUAUCUACAUUCUUUAGCUAAAGAAAAUAUAUGUAUUAUAUAUAUGCACACACACACACAUAUAUAUAUACAUAUAUAUGCAUAUGUCAUUUUAAUCGCUAUUUUAUCAAAUGGUAUUUUUUUUUUUGGAAAAUAAGUUAAUAGCUAAGAAAAAAAAAAGAACAUAUCACUUAGGUAUUAACAUCAAAGUUGCCAAAAGUUGCCAAAGUUUUUAUGUGGGAAAUAUAAAUCUUUCCAUGCUCAUGUUUCAGAGGUGUUCCUGACAUAAUUUGAAAAUGUUUGCUCAUUGGAUUUCCAUUCAACAGCUACUUGAAAAGCUGCAUUAAUUCCUUGUUAGCAAUGUCAGCUGAGAGAUGUAUUUUAGUGUUUCUUAGUUCUUAUACAAUCAUUUCUUUCCACUGCUAUAACAUAGAGGUUAAACCCUUAAAUUUUAAAGAAGCCCACAUUGUGCUGGCCUUGAGAAAAGUCAUGAUCUUGACUGAUUCAGGUCUGCUGCUGGAAAGCAGAAGGCUGAAGAAGCUUAAAAAGUACAAAUGAAGUCUUGUGUUUCUUUAAGGUAAGUAUAGAAACUCCCAUAGUUAAGAACCACUGCCCCUGAGUUCCUAUGAAGAUCAUUGUACUUAAUAGGCCUUCUUAAAAAAUUGCUAUUUCAUACCUCCAAGAUCUUGGCUUUUUGAUUUCUUUCUAUUCUUGAAAAAUUUUAAAACACUAUCAUUUACUUGCACAUUUAAAUUUGUUUUUGAGAAUAAAAUUUAAAAUGUUAUAUAUUUUAUAAAUAUGAAAAAUUGCAAUGAAAAUAGAAAGUUAAACUAUAAAUAUAUUUAUUUCAUUUUUAAUUGUUUUGGUGGAUGUUUGUAAAAUGUAAAUUAAUAUUUGUGACAAACAGUCACUUAGAUGUUUAAGUUCAUUAAUGUACUACUAAUAAACUGUACUUUUGUAAUGGAGCAUACUGGAAA